AUGUGCCCCACCGGAGGGAUUCCUCGGGGUGAUCGAGCUGAGGAGGCUGGAAAUGAGAUGAAGAGGUUCAAAAUGGACGAGACCAGAGUCUGCAGCAAGUGUUGUGCUGAGUUCUUUGACGAAGCAGAGUUUCUUGAGCAUGAGAGAAAUUGCACUAAAAGUCAGCAAGUGGUCAUCAUGAAAGACGGAGAUGGAAACGAAGUGCCUGAGGAAUAUUCUCCAGGCUCUCCCGAGGGUCUUACCAGCGACCACGAUGAUAGCCAGUCCAGUAGUCAUUCCCUAUCAAAUGUUAAUGCAGACCAUCUGGAGAGAACGGAGGAGGAGUCGAGCAUGAAUGCAGAUGACUCAGGACAACAGGAUCACGCAGACAUGUCUGGUAGCCCUGCAAUGAUUUUCAACCCCUCGCCCCAAAUGCAAGAUUCAAACGUCACUCUUGAAACCAUGCCAGACACUAAAGUUGCUGUCUCACAACAUUCUUCGAGCAGCUUAUCGCUGACCUCGUCGCAGGAGGCCGUACAGACCAUCCCGAUGAUAUUGGAACAGUUGGUGUGCCUCCAGCAACAGCAGCUACAGCAGAUCCAGCUCACAGAACAGAUUCGAAUCCAAGUUGCCAUGAUGACUCCGCAUUGUCUCCAGUCAUCCGUCAGGGCAGCAAUGGAUCCCCUGAAAGCCCUCGGUGCACAUCUCUCCCAACAGCUUUCCGCUGCAGCAGCCCUGAUAGGAAAAAGGACCGGCAGUCAGAGCCUUUCUGUGGAGACCAUGAAGCAAGGUAAACUACCUCUGCCCACAGGUGUCUCUGCCUCUCUGCCUGCAGGAGUGGGUUCUUCUAAAACAGACAUUUUGAAGGGCAUUCCAGAUCUGGCCAGCCGUUUACCAGCGCUGCUGCCCCAGUCACCGAGUGUCAUGGGUUUCCCAAGCUCCUUCAAUGGUAUUCAAGCAGGAGUGGAUUCCUCCAAAAAAGUGAAGACAAAGAUGCUGAGCCUCCCGCCAGAAUCGAAGAAUGGAGACUCGUUAUACAAGCACAAGUGUAAGUACUGCGGAAAGACGUUUGGCAAUGACAGUGCUCUCCAGAUCCACUUGCGUUCUCACACUGGCGAGAGGCCCUUUAAGUGUAACAUCUGUGGAAACCGCUUUACAACCAAAGGAAACCUCAAAGUGCAUUUCCAGCGACAUAAAGACAAGUACCCAAACAUUACCAUGAACCCUCAUCCUGUGCCAGAGCACCUUGACAAUAUUUCCACCAGCAGUGGAAUUCCAUUUGGCAUGUCUAUACCCAUGGAUGAGUCAAACAUGACUGAAAUCAAACCUAUCCUUGCCCAUCCUGCUGCUGGAUUCCAGCCAUCGCCCAUUCCUGCAUUCAAGUCGACAUUUGACAGCUUUGGAGGGGACCCAUUUUCACAGAGACCCUCACCAUCAACAGGCGAUGGCUCUCCUUCUGUUUCCUCUAAUGGGUUUGGUCAAGAGACAGGACUGGGUCAUAAUCAGAAGGAUACUAAAGAACUGUUUGGACCGCUGCAUCAUAUGAAUGGUAACUCUCUCCCAGGAGAACACGGCUCUGGAACAGCUAAACUUCAGCAAAUGGUUGAUGGCCUGGAGAAGAGGACCAAUGAUCCCAAUGAGUGUGUAAUAUGCCACAGGGUGCUCAGCUGCCAGAGCUCACUCAAGAUGCACUACCGCACACACACCGGAGAGAGGCCUUACAAGUGCAAAAUCUGCGGCCGUGCUUUCUCCACCAAGGGAAACCUCAAGGCUCAUUAUGGAGUGCACAGGGCCAACACUCCUCUUAAGAUGCAGCACUCCUGUCCCAUCUGCCAGAAGAAGUUCACAAACGCUGUGGUUCUGCAGCAGCACAUCCGCAUGCACAUGGGUGGGCAGAUCCCCAACACCCCAGUCCCAGAAAACCAGUUUGACGCGGCAGAAGCAAUAGAGCAAAAUCUACCAGAGGAGAAGCCCAUGGACACCAAUGGGUUUGACGCAAGCAUGGAGGAUCGUGAGCCAGAGCUGAACUCCCAGAAGCCAAACGACACCUUAGAUUCCCUCCCAUCUGCCCCUGAGGAACAAUCACAGAAGCCUGCCGCCCCUGUGGUGUUUUCCAGUCUAGAUGUUCUGAAGAACCUCACCUCUGCUCUUGCACUGAAACGACAGAGUAGCACUGCUUCAGAGAGCGAGGGAACAUCCAAAGAAUCCCCAUCGGCUCCUAGAGAGCAGGAAUAUCAGAACGGCCGUAGUCCUGCUAUUUCUGACUCUGCGACGUCUUUUCAUUCAUCCUCUCCACUAAACAACACGAGCAGUAGCAAGUCACCUGAGUCUGCUCUUGAUGACUUCACCUAUAGUGGAUCAAGACCAGAGUCUGAUGGUGGCACUCAAGAGGGCACAGAGUCAAGUGGAGCCCUUGACCUCACAGCAUCCAGCAACUUUACCCCCAAAGCCAUUAAAGAAGAACCUGGCAUGCCUUUCACUAACGGAGACUAUGUUCCAAGUAACAUGUCUUUCAUGAGGAUUCCAUCAAGUCUGGCCAGUUUGGAGAUGAAGAUCCCCUCAGAGAAUCAUUUGGGCCCUCAUGGUCUGUUCAGCUCUCACAUGCCUCAGGGAACAGCCAUGGCCUCUUCCAUCUCCUCCGCAGCUCGACGAUCAACCAAGCAGCACGUGUGUAACGCCUGUGGCAAGAACUUCUCGUCGGCCAGUGCCUUGCAGAUCCAUGAGCGCACUCAUACAGGGGAGAAGCCCUUUGCCUGCAACGUCUGUGGCAGGGCUUUCACCACCAAGGGGAAUCUUAAGGUUAGUCACUAA